UAAAACUACCAUAAAGAGUCUCUUUUAGUGUGUGGGUCCUUCUUCAUAGCAGGGGUUUAUAUGGUUUCAGUCUGUCCGUCGCCAACACGCCUUUUCAAGAGGCUAGAGCCCCGUUUCGCUAUAUAAAAUGCAUUUUUGUUUUAUGAUUUGAUGAGUAGUACUCGUACUACAGUAUAAAAGCCCUUCAUUUUCUUUAAAUUCUCGUACUGCUCCUCCUACUGACCCUCCCUCGGUGGCACUAACCACCCCCCAUACCGUCAGGGCAGCGUGGUAGGCACAACAAGCUCCGCGGUCGGUGCGUUCACCCUUGCGCCGCUACCACUGCAGUUCCUCCCUGGCACAGAGGACCACGCCGACCUACCCGGUUCAACAAGGUCGGAGCAAUGAGCUCGUCCUCCGCUGUUCGCCUCGCAUUAACGUGAGCGUGUGACGGCUCUUCUUCGCGGACACACACACACACACAGAAGAACCGCACCUGUUUGUUGUUUGCAAAACACUCAGCUCGGUGUCGGUUAGUCCCACCCGCAGCCUGGACCAUGGCGGAGAGAAGCGGCCGGUUGAGUUUCCCCGGGAGCGGGGCUCUCAACAGACCGGUGCCGAUGAACCUGUUUGCAACAUGGGAGAUAGACGGAUCCUCCCCGCACUGCAUCCCGAGAUUGUGCAGCCUGACUCUGAAGAAGCUGGUUGUGAUGCGAGUACUUGAUAAAGAGCUGAUUUCUGUGGUCAUAGCGGUGAAAAUCCAGGGCUCCAAACGGAUUUUGAGGUCCCAUGAGAUAGUGCUGCCACCCAGUGGGUCUGUGGAGACUGAUCUGGCUCUCACCUUCUCACUGCAGUACCCGCACUUCUUAAAACGAGAGGGAAACAAGCUGCAGAUCAUGCUCCAACGGCGGAAGAGAUACAAGAACCGAACUAUCUUGGGCUACAAGACUCUUGCAGUGGGCUCUAUUGACAUGGCUGAGGUGAUGCAGCACCCGACAGAAGGAGGCCAGGUCCUUCCCCUCUGCAGCAACCAGAAAGACAUGCUGGGGAAGGUGGCAGAGAUCUGGAUCUUUUCCCUGUCCAGUCAGCCAAUAGAUCACGAGGAGGCAGCCCUGCAGGAAGGGCAGAAGAUCAAAUGCUCCGAUAACUACUCAGAGGAAGAGUACGAGAGCUUCUCCUCAGAACAGGAGGCCAGUGACGACGCUGUGCAGGGACAGGAUCUUGAAGAUGAUGAGUACGAUGUGAGAAAGCCAAAGAAACAGAGGCGGUCAAUUGUAAGGACUCCCUCCAUCACCAGACAGCAGAACUUUAAGCAGCGCGUGGUGGCUCUUUUGAAGCGAUUCAGAGUUUCAGAUGAGGUGCUGGACUCAGAGCAGGAUCCUGCGGAGCCGCCUCCUGAGGUGGAGGAGGAAGAUCUGGACCUGGAUAGUGUGGAGUUUGAGAACCCCAGCGACAGCGGCCCGGAGCUGGACGAUGAUGACAGUGUCCUCAGUACGCCAAAACCCAAACUCAAGCCAUAUUUUGAGGGUGUCUCCCUGUCCAGCUCUCAAACUGAGAUUGGCAGCAUCCACAGCAGUCGGAGCCACAGGGAGCCUCCUAGUCCGAUUGACCCAGAUAAAAUCAAGUGCAGUGGGGCCAAGUUUCCAGAUGACAGUGCGUCUGAUAACAUCUCCUUUGAGCAGCCGGAGGCGGUGACUCCCACCACAGAGCUGGAGAUGGACAACAUGGACACGUUUUUAGAAAGACUGCCACCGAGUGGCAAGAUGACCAAGACAGAGUCCCUUAUAAUUUCAUCCAACAGGCAGGAGCCCAAGUUGGCAGGGAGGCGCGGCAGGAGUACAUCACUGAAGGAGCGCCAGCCCAGCAGACCACAGAAUGAGAGGGCCAACAGCCUGGACAAUGAACGGUCCCUGGACACACGCUGCCACCUGCAGAUUCCUAGAAAGACGGUGUAUGACCAACUAAACCACAUCCUGGUGUCUGAUAACCACCUCCCGGACAGCAUCAUCCUCAUCAACACGUCAGACUGGCAGGGCCAGUAUCUCUCAGAUAUGCUGCAAAACCACCAUUUACCAGUGGUGUGCACCUGCACCACGGCUGAUAUCCAAGCUGCGUUCAAUACCAUCGUCUCCCGCAUACAGAGAUUUUGCAACUGUAACUCCCAGACGCCUGUUCCCAUAAAGAUAGCUGUGGCUGGGGCACAGCACUACCUCAGUGUUGUUCUGAGGCUUUUUGUGGAUCACCUUUCCCAUAAGACCCCUGACUGGCUCGGCUACAUGAGGUUCCUCAUCAUCCCUCUAGGUGCACAUCCGGUCUCCAAAUAUCUUGGCACUAUUGACUAUCGAUACAACAGCUUGUUUCAAGAUGCUGCUUGGAGGGAUCUGUUUCACAAGCCAGAGGCACCUGUUGUUGCCCAGGAGAACCCAGAUGUAGUGUCGAGGGUAACUCAGUACAUGGUGGGAGCUAAUGGAGCUCACCAGCUUCCGAUCGCAGAGGCCAUGCUCACGUACAAACAGAAAAGGAAAAAGAGCUUUCAUUUUGAUUUUGCAGUAAGCCCUGAUGAGGACUCGUGUCAGAAAUUCAUCCCUUUCAUUGGUAUGGUGAAAGUUGGCAUCGUGGAACAGACAUCUGCAGCAUCAGGAGACUCUGAUGAUGCAGCACCACUGGGCUCAUCUCUGCUGUCCUCCACCCCUCCACAACUAUCACCUGCACUCAAAGAGGCGUCACCCACCCCACCGUCCUCUCCCUCCAUCAACACCAGCUUCUCUGCUUACAGCUCUGGUGGUCAGGCAGAGCUGAUGGGGCUUCAGGUGGACUACUGGGUGGCCCUGACAGAAAGGAAGAAAGACAUGGAGAAGCGGGACUCCUCCUCCAAAAACACUCUGAAGUGCAAUUUCCGCUCGCUGCAGGUCAGCCGGCUGCCACUGGGGGGCGCAGAGCCGAGUCCCCAGCCCACCAUGUCUAUGACAGUGGUGACCAAGGAGAAGAAUAAGAAGGUUAUGUUCCUGCCAAAAAAGAGCAAAGACAAGGAGGUGGAGUCAAAGAGUCAAGUGAUCGAGGGCAUCAGCCGACUCAUCUGCACUGCCAAGCAGCAGCAGACCAUGCUGAGAGUGCUGAUCGACGGCGUCGAGUGGAAUGAUGUGAAGUUCUUCCAGCUGGCAGCACAGUGGUCCUCACAUGUCAAACAUUUCCCCAUCGGGAUCUUUGGACACACAAAAGGCCCUUACUAGCAGCAGAGACUGAUACACUGAGGACAGCUUCCCCUUCCCUCCCCACUUUCUUGUGCCAACAGCUUUUCACCCCCUCCACCUCACUUUUCUGCCUCACACUUCUUCUAUUCUGCUGUCUUAAGUUAAGCUCCUGCUUUCCACUGUUGCAUUUGUCCCAUUAUUUAAUCUUUUGCGUGUUUUUUAAUUUUCUAUUUAUGUAAAAAUGUCUUGAGGCAAGACAGCCAAGGGAAUAUUUCUUUACUCUGCUUUUUAAAAGAAAAAUCCUGCUGAUGUUUUAUAGAUUUUUGAGAAACAAACGAAUGAAUUAAACAAGAAUUAGAAAUGACUUCUAACAUUUAACAUACUGUGUCCAGGCUUCACCCUCUGCCAUCAUGUUU